AUACGAUGGACCCCUUUAGCGCCAAGCGGCCUAGGAUGCCUAGUCCACGGCAUGGAGCUUCUUCCCUCUUAGCCGCCUCUUGCAGCCGAUGCUUGAAUUCAUCUGGCAGCACCUAUCACGGGUCGCCAUCGCGUUCGACUAUGCACAGCAAAUAGAGUAUCUGAGGCUCAUCUGGAAGCUCCUGGAUAACACUACCCCCUCAAUCGACAGGGCCCAAUCAAGGAUUGCGGCCAGCCGCGAAAGGAAAGCCCGCGAAUGCCGUUGCCGCCAGCCCCACGGUAACACACCCCAAUGGGUCCGACGAUGUCUGAGUUCAUCUUUCCAUUGUGGAUCCAUUUGCGCAACCCUGCAGUCACUUCGUUCGAGAGCUCUGCGCAAAUUGGAUCGAUCAUUCUUAAGCACAGUCCAGCAAUUCAGUGGAAUUAAGGCACACUCGAAACUCUUCGCGAACCCCUACACUUCUCACAGUGCUCCAAUAGCCGUCCAACUUCGCCUUCCCGUCGUUCCGCCAUGCCAUCUGGCUUUCCCUGUCCUAAUGUCUUCCCGCUGUCCGCGCUGAGAAGGGCAAUACAUCCAGCAAGCGCCACGAUGUGGCAGCCCAAGAUAUAAGUUCAAGACAUUCCCCACAGGAGUCUCCCAGCAGUCAACCCGCCACUCGCAGUCCACCAUGUAUCGCCUGCUUACAGUCGCCUCUUCCCUCCUCGCCGUGGCCUCCGGCCAGCUGGUCGGCACCCAGCAAACCGAAACCCACCCCGGGAUGACCUGGCAGCAAUGCACUGCCAAGGGUAGCUGCACGUCCAAGAAUGGAAAGGUUGUGCUUGACGCCAACUG